AUGAGAUUAUCAAAAGCUUUAGCCAUUUCAAUUUUAACUUCAUUAGGAGUUCAAGGUUUAAUUAUUCCAUCAGUUGGAGAAAUUAUUGAUGUUUUUGGUUUACAAAAUUAUGAACAAAUUAUUGAUAAUAAAUUAGAUUCUUUAAAAAAUGCUGCUCAUGAUUCUGCUGAACAUAUGGGUAUUAAUUUAUCAAAAGAAACUUUAGCUCCUAUUGUUAAUAUUGAUUCAACAAGAGAUAUUAUUAAAAAUAAAUAUAUUAUUGUUUUUAAAAAAGGUACAGCUGAUAGAGAAGCUGCUUGGCAUCAACAAUGGGUAGCUGAUACUCAUUCUAAAUCUAUUGCUGAAUUGAAAAAACAAGAUAUAAAUGUUCAAAAUGAAUUUUUUGCCACUACUGAAGGUGUAAAUGUUGAAGGUGGUAUUACUGAUAUGUUUAAUAUUGAUAACUCUUUAGUAGGUUAUACUGGUUACUUCUUAGAAUCUACUAUUGAUUUAAUUAGAAGAAACCCAUUGGUUGAUUUUGUUGAAAAAGAUUCAAUGGUUUAUGCUAAUGAAUUUGAUGUUGAAAAAGGUGCUCCUUGGGGUUUAGCUAGAGUCUCUCAUAGACAACCAUUAUCAUUAUCUUCAUUUGAUCAAUAUUUAUAUGAUUCAGAUGGUGGAAAAGGUGUUACUGCUUACGUAAUCGAUACUGGAGUUUUUAUUAAACACGAAGAAUUCCAAGGAAGAGCUAAAUGGGGUGCUACUAUCCCUUCUGGUGAUAAUGACGAAGAUUCAAAUGGACAUGGCACACAUUGCGCGGGCACGAUAGGCUCUGCAGACUAUGGAGUAGCUAAGAAAGCUGAAAUUGUUGCUGUAAAGGUUUUAAGAUCAAAUGGUUCUGGAACAAUGUCAGAUGUUGUUAAAGGAGUUGAAUUUGCUGCUAAAUCACAUCAAGAUGCUGCUAAAGCAGGUAAGAAAGGAUUUAAAGGUUCAACUGCCAACAUGUCAUUAGGUGGUGGUAAAUCACCAGCAUUAGAUUUAGCUGUUAAUGCUGCUGUUAAAGCAGGUCUUCAUUUUGCAGUUGCAGCAGGUAAUGAAAACCAAGAUGCUUGUAACACAUCACCAGCAAGUGCUGAAAAUGCUAUUACUGUUGGUGCUUCAACUAUUUCAGAUGCAAGAGCUUAUUUUUCAAAUUAUGGUAAAUGUGUUGAUAUUUUCGCACCAGGUUUAAAUAUUUUAUCUACUUAUAUUGGUUCAGAAACAGCUACUGCUUAUUUAUCAGGUACUUCAAUGGCUUCUCCUCAUAUUGCUGGUUUAUUAUCUUAUUAUUUAUCAUUACAACCAGGAGCAGAAUCAGAAUUUUUCGUUGCAGCAGAUGGUGUUACUCCAGCUCAAUUAAAAAAGAAUUUAAUUUCUUAUGGUACAGAAGAUGUAUUAAGUGAUAUUCCAACUGAUACUCCAAAUAUUUUAGCAUUUAAUGGUGCUGGUCACAAUUUAACUGAAUUUUGGCAUGAAAAAUAG